UAAUCAAUGAACAGUUCAAAGAUUUAGAGCAUAUGAUAUGGGACCAGGCAGAAGGAACGAACAACUUCCGUUUCCUUUGUGCACGGCAGAUGCAGAACCCACGCUAAGGCUGGGCCAACUGAAGCCACCAACCCAUAAUCGGGUGCCCACCAGCAGGGCAGGGAGCCCUUCGGCCCCUGUCCCUGUGCCACGAGGUCUCCGCGGGGCAUCCCUGUAGGGGUGUCUCCUACGAGUUGGGAGGCCCGCCCGCAAGCGACCGAAGGAGCGAAGGGCCGGCCACCCACCGCUCCCAGGCUGCCGAGAGCGGGACUCCGCCUCCCACCCGCGCGCACCGCCGCCAACAGCCGGGGGCCAAGGAUCCCCGCAGUCCGCCCGGAGCGCGGCGCCCCCUGCCGUCCGUUCAGGGAGCCCGACGCGGGCUCGCGGAAGCCGGGAACAUGGCGGGGCGGCCCGCGGCCCCCGCCUCGCCGCCGCCGGACCGGGACCGUGCGGCGCCCAAUGUGGUGGCGCGGAUCUCGCAGUGGGCCGACGACCACCUGCGUCUCGUCCGGAGUAUCAGCACCGUAAUGACCAUAGCCGGAAUAAUGUUACUUCUAAGAAGUGUUCGAAUGACAUCAAAGUUUACGAGUUCUUCAGAUAUUCCACUAGAAUUUGUAAGGAGGAAUGUCAAACUUCGUGGACGAGUACGCCGAAUAACUGAGAAUGGUUUAGAGAUCGAACAUAUUCCCAUUACUUUACCUAUUAUAUCUUCUUGGAGAAAAGAGCCGUGUGGUGUUCUGCUGGUUAAAUUGGCUGGAGUAGAACUCACUGAAUCUGGGAAGGUGUGGUUGCAAAAAGAGCUAAAACCUUCCCAAUUACUGUGGUUCCAACUUCUUGGAAAGGAGAAUUCAGCACUGUUUUGCUAUCUUUUAGUGAAUAAGGGUAGAUAUUUUAAUGUGAAUCUGAAUGAAGAAAUUUUGAGAAGAGGCCUUGGCAAAACCGUUCUUGUUAAAGGGCUAAAUUAUGAUUCUAAAAUCUAUUGGAAAAUUCACAGAAACUUACUUAAAGCUGAAUUAACAGCCUUGAAAAAAGGAGAAGGAAUGUGGAAGGAAGAAUCUGAAAAGGAAACUUAUUUGGAAAAAUUCAAAGGUUCCUGGAGAGAAAUAUGGAAAAAAGACAGUUAUUUUAAAAAAAUUGGAUCAGAUUUCAACUUGAAAAAAGGAAGUUAUUAUGACAAAUUUAGACAGACUUAUGAAACAUGGAAAGACAGCAUGAAUAACUACUCUUUACUACUGAAGUUCAGAGAACUUAUAAGUCGCAUACACUUUCGUAGAAAAGGGUGAAAUAUUCCAAGAGGGCUAGAGGUGAUCUACUCUGAAAGGAGCAAAAUAUGUAAAUAUAUAGAUAUGUUUCAUUGAGUUGAAAUGGAAAUUUCAUCAGUGAUCAAAGGUGCAUUCUAAUGGUAUUUAAAUAUUUCAGAGAUGCUUAUUAUAAAUGUAAUAUCAGAAUAAUUUAAACAAAUUAUGAUUCAUGUAAUAGGCUUUUAGGAAAAAUGAAACAUUCUAUUAAAGGUUACCAGGUUGGAAGAUAUACAUGUCGUGCUAAUAUUUGAAGAGGGAGUUUAACUAUUGGCCAAAUAGUGUUCUUUUAGUUAUUUUGGGAAGCCAUAUUUAAUUUUGUUUAAAAGGAAUGUUUUUAAAAAUUUUAUCAGUUUUGCUUGCUUAUAAUAAAGUACUCUCUUUAUA